AUGGCAACUCACAAAAAGACUGCAAUUCUAUCAGUAUACGAUAAAACGGGGUUGCUAGAUUUAGCAAAAGGAUUGGUUGAGAAUGAGGUCAGAAUCUUAGCUUCUGGUGGUACUGCUCAAUUGGUCCGUGAGGCUGGAUUCCCAGUAGAAGAUGUUUCGACAAUAACCCAUGCUCCUGAAAUGUUAGGAGGUAGAGUCAAAACUUUACAUCCUGCAAUUCAUGGUGGUAUCCUUGCCAGAAAUUUAGAAAGUGAUGAAAGAGAUCUUAAAGAGCAACAUAUCGAAAAAGUUGACUUUGUCGUCUGUAAUCUAUACCCUUUCAAAGAAACUGUGGCCAAAAUUGGUGUUACUAUGGAUGAAGCUGUAGAAGAAAUUGACAUUGGUGGUGUAACUUUAUUAAGGGCAGCCGCUAAGAAUCACGCAAGAGUGACUAUUUUAUCCAACCCAAACGACUACUCAGCCUUCAUUACAGAAUUAACAAAUAAUGGGGAAAUUUCACAAGAUCUCAGAAAUAGAUUAGCAUUGAAAGCUUUCGAACAAACUGCCGAAUAUGAUGCUCUAAUUGCGGAUUUCUUCAGAAAGCAAUAUUCAGAAGAUAAAGCACAACUUCCAUUACGUUAUGGUUGUAAUCCUCACCAAAAGCCAGCACAAGCAUAUGUCACACAACAAGAAGAAUUACCAUUCAAAGUUCUUUGCGGAACUCCAGGAUACAUCAAUUUAUUGGAUGCCUUGAAUUCAUGGCCCUUGGUUAAAGAAUUGUCGGCGUCUCUGAAUUUACCAGCUGCAGCUUCUUUCAAGCAUGUCUCGCCAGCAGGUGCAGCUGUCGGUAUUCCAAUGACAGACAUCGAAAAACAAGUAUAUUUUGUAUCAGAUAUUGAUAAUCUGUCGCCGUUAGCCUGUGCUUAUGCAAGAGCACGUGGUGCUGAUAGAAUGUCCUCAUUUGGUGAUUUUAUAGCAUUAUCUAACAUUGUCGACAUACCAACAGCUAAAAUCAUCUCAAGAGAGGUUAGCGAUGGUGUCAUUGCGCCUGGUUAUGAAGAAGACGCUUUAGAAAUUUUGAGAAGAAAGAAAAACGGUAAAUACUGUAUUUUACAGGUCGAUCCUAAUUAUGUUCCUGAUUCCUUAGAAACAAGACAAGUUUAUGGUGUUUCUCUUCAACAAAAAAGAAAUGAUGCAAUUAUUAACAAGUCAUCAUUCAAAGAAAUUGUCUCAAAGAACAAAAAUUUGACUGAACAAGCAAUUAUCGACUUAACCGUUGCCACAAUAACAUUAAAAUACACACAAUCAAACUCUGUAUGUUACAGUAAAAACGGUAUGGUUAUUGGUCUUGGUGCAGGUCAACAGUCAAGAAUUCACUGUACUAGAUUGGCUGGUGAUAGGACCAAUAAUUGGUGGUUAAGGUUCCAUCCUAAAGUCCUUGAUUUCAAGUGGGCAAAAGGAACUAAAAGACCUGAUAAGGCCAAUGCCAUCGAUGUCUACGUUACUGGUCAAAUUCCGGAAGAAAAUCCAGAAAAGGGAGAAUAUGACUCGAUUUUUGAAGAAAUCCCAACUCCACUGACUAAGGAAGAGAGAAAGGAAUGGUUAUCAAAAUUGAAUAAUGUUUCAAUGUCUUCGGAUGCAUUCUUCCCAUUCCCUGAUAAUGUGUAUAGAGCCGCAAGGUCUGGUGUGAAAUUUAUUGCUGCACCUACUGGGUCAGUUAUGGAUAAGACAGUCUUUGCUGCAGCUGAUGCUUUUGACAUUGUCUAUGUGGAAAAUCCAAUCAGAUUGUUCCACCAUUGA